UCAAGACAACUUGUAUUUUGUUGCUCAAUGGAAUUUUUAUAAGACUUGUGUUGUCUGUAUAGUAUUAUUAUCAAUAAUAUAUCAUUGUCCUAUUAUAUCUUACCUUUCUUUUGCAGUCCCAAAAUAUUCAGCUUAACAAGGAAAUGACUCUUGCCAGCAACCGAAGUUUGGCUGAAAGUAAUCUUUUAUACCAACCAAAAUUGGACUCUCUGAAAGCAAGUUUGACCCAAAAAUAUCAGGAGCUGCAGGUUCUUUUUGAAGCAUAUCAGAUCAAGAAAACAAAACUAGAUAAACAAUCCAGCAGUGCUUCUCUGGAGACACUAUUAGCGCUUCUUCAAACUGAGGGGGCUAAGAUUGAAGAGGACACUGAGAAUAUGGCUGAAAAGUUUCUUGAUGGUGAUGCAUCAUUGGAUUCAUUCAUUGACGAAUACCAGAGCAAACGUAUACUGGCUCACUUGCGACGUGUAAAAAUCGAGAAACUCCAAGAGAUGGUGCUGAAGGGACAGAGGCUUCAGCAGCAGCCUCAGCCAAGAGCACCUGAAACAACACCAGCACCAACACAAACUUCCUACUCUUCAGAUGCAAACACUCCUCCCUCAGUUAUGCCCCGGCGAAUACCACCCCCACCUCCUUCAUCAGUCCCAGCAGGAUGCCUCCCCACUCCAUUUACUGCAGCAAUGGGUUCAGGACCACCUCUUCCUUAUCCAGGAGUUCCCUAUCCUCCCCUUCCUCCACGAGUGGGAGUUCAGUCUCCAGGUCAAAUGCCACAGCCAGGAUACCCAACUCAGUUUGUAUCACAGUUCCCUCCAGCACUGCCUCAAAGACCACCACCUCGUCUUCCACCACAUCCUGGAUUUAUCCUACAGUGAAUAUAUUGGUGCGCCUGUCUCAUGUAUUGGUGCUUAAAUUUGAAUCCUUUAUCUCCCCCUUCCAGAGACUAAAUAUAGGCAGUGGAAAACCUCUGUGUUUUGUACAAUGGAACACAAAGUUUAGGCUGCAACAUAGAGUUGUGAAAUUGCAUUCAGUAAAUGUAAUCAUAUUAUUUUCUGUUUUUGAAAAAUCAGUGACUGUGUAAACUAUUUUUUUGUAGGAAGGCAACAGGACCGAAUGUUGUAAAUCUGGCAAGUUGUGAAACAAUUCAGUGGAUUUGUUUUCGUUAUAAGUAUUGUCCUAAUACUUCAGUGAUGGUAAAUGAUUAAGGAAAAUAGCAUACUUGUCUGACUUGAUAUUGUGUUCUCAUUGCAGCUGGAUUUUAAGCAUGGUUAAUUGUGAGCUAUAAAGAAUAUUCUGUGCUGUAAGUGCUAGUAUUUGGAUGGUUACCAUUGUAUCUAAAUGCUAAGCAUAAAUAAAGCUGCAGGGAAAUCACCUUUAGUCUUUGAAAUAAGCCCAUGGCUUCACAUUGGUGGCCAGGUACACUAACUUUGUUCUCGGAGCCUGUGAUACAGACACUCAGUUCAAUCAGAAAAUGUUUGGCAGCUUAUUUUGAAAAGCAUAAAUUCUUAAACUAUUUUAACUCCCAAAUUCAUUAUUUCUUUGAGAUUUUCGUAAUAAAAAUGUGAGCUUGUCCGUUCUGUACAUUUAUUUCCUGAAAGACCAAGUUUUUUAAAAUAAAACUGGUGAUUGAUCCUGGAAGCGGUGUAAAGAAAACUAUUUGUAGUGCCAGUUCAUAUUUUUGUAGAAAGGUCAUUGUCCAUACUUUCUUGAAUCUAAUCUCAUUUAGCCCUCUUCUAUUUUUUUCCCACUUUCCUGCCUUACUUUUGAGGGUAGCUGCUUUUGCUUUGUGCUUAAGUUAUCCUUCUCAUGCUAUAUGAUUGAGAAGCUUUUUUUUUUUUAACUCAGGUGUAGCUUUUGAUGUUUUGUGAUUUCAGGAGCUGAAGUGCUAGACUCAAAUUUGUCUUAAUCCAGCACUGGGCAGUUACAAAGCGCCACACAUUCAUAUUUUCACUCUUUCUGCUUUGUCUCAUAUUUAGAGACACUUCUUGUUCCUAGACACCAUAACCUUCUUUCCUGUAGUGUUUGAAAUUUUUUUUCAUCUGAAAUGUACAGCUAACAGUCCCUCCGGUAGUCAGAACACUCUAGGGUGACUGCAUCUUACUUAAUUAGUCUCCUCCCAUUCUCAAGCCAUUUGAGAGCAGAAAAAGGAUCUCUACAACAGUUUAACUUUCAGUGUCAUUGUGUGACUCCUGGAGCCUGGGCCCUAGGCACAAGACCAAGCCUUAAUCCAAACCGGGGCAACCAUAUUCUUUGGUGUCUAAUCAAAAUUCCAUAAAUACUUAUUCUCAGCCCUCUCCCAUCCUCAGUCAACCCUUGCCUUGCUACUAAUUAGAAUAAUAAUUUAAGAAACAUAAUUCAGAAUCUGUUGCAUCUUGUAUGUGGAGGUAGACUUUUUCAGAUCACCAUCUGACACUGUCCAGGACAGUGGUAGAUUGCUUGGAAGGCUCCAGUAUAUUUUUUCUGAUAAGGAUCAAAUCAGAGUAUUAAAUGUCCCACUACCCUCCUGGGUCUGUGUAAAGCCUCCAUCUACCAAUUAGCUAUUUCCCCCUAGAGUUUGGUAAUUGUUGAUAAUACAUUAAUAAUCUCAUAAUAGGAAACCCUCUGGUUUGAACACUCCCACUUGAAGAUCAGAGACUGCAGAUAGGGACUAGAAUAGCUUCCCCUAUGUAAAUCUAGAAAGGGGAAAUUUUGUAAACCUAGCAAGUUGUGAAACAAUGUGCAGUGGGUUUGCAUAAGUAUGGUUUCUCUGUAAUCUAGUGACGGUACAUGAUUUUAUAAAGUGUCUUUUCUUAGUAAUAUGUUCUAUGAUCCCAGUGCUAGUAUAGUUACCAUUGUAUCUGUAUGCUGACUGUAAAGCUGCUGUAAAAAUAAUAAAUACAGGUGUAGAGCUGCAAGGUUAAUAGAGGUGUAUAAAAACUCUUGACACACAGAUUAGAUUUGCUAAAAUUUUAUAAAAACAGAUAGGUAGAUCUUAUGCUUAUCAGUUGCCAGUUUAUUUUCUGAGUUAAAAAAUUCCUCAGAAACCAUGGCGGGGAUGAGAUAAGUGUAUUUUGAACUUUGCACUGCAUUUUAGGCACCUAACUCUUUUUUAAAUGAUAUUGCCCCAUUAUUGGUAUUACUGAGAAAUAGUCCAAAACUAUUUUUUAUUACUUGUUAAAUUGUCUGUUUUUAGUAUCUUUAUUGAUAACAAGACCAUUCAGGGAUGCAUUGUUUAAAAAAAUACUGUAUUGUGAAAACUAAAUGCAGAUUAAUUUGAUGCAAUUUACUGUGUGAAAACAAUACAUUAUCACAUAUGCAUGUGUCUGAUGUGCCUUAGAAUCACUACAUGUGAUAGGCAAAUAUUCUGGUAAGAAUAUUAGCCUAUAUUUCAGAUCAAUAGCCAUUGCUUAAGCUUUUUGAUAUAAGUUUAAUAUAGGUUUAACGCUUUCUUUUAUGAAAGAUUUUUCACCAGGUACUUUAGAAUAAGGCAGUAUCUGCUAUUUGUAUGCUUAAUUGCUGUCAGUGGAUGAUUAGUUUGAUUGUUAGAAAGAUAAACUGUCACAAUGUCUUUCAGUCUCAAAAUUGAAUUCUUAAGUGUUCUUGGAAAAUGUUUGGCCAUUAAUGAGUAUUGGUGUAUGUGCAAACUGGUUUGUAGUUACUUAUUUGCAUAUUCAAAGCAAUGUUUGGAGGUGAAGGAAAAAGUACUUUGAAACCUUUUUGAAUUUUAUUUUCAGAAACAUAAAUUAUAUCACAAUAAUCUGUCUGGGUAGGGUGAGAGAUUCAGGGGUUAUUUCAUGCCUAUUGCAGUCUGACACUGUUUCCAAUUACAUCUAUUAUAGGUAAAGAGUAAAUUUUGCUAUAGAUUGGUACUAUAGGUUGUUAAGAUGCUGUUGACAAGUUGGAUCCCAUAUGAGGGGAUAGUUCCAUUCUCAUGCACAGAUGUUCUUUAAUAUACAGUGUGAUAUGAUUUGAAAUAUUUCCUAAUAAGAAUCAGUGUUAAGGAAACAUUUUUUAUAACAUAAAAGUGGACACUGAGCUCAAUUGGAAUGGUGUAACAUGGUUUUAGAAUGUAGAAUGCAUUUUAAAUGCCCAUUUUGGAUGGUUUUCUCUUCUGCUAACCUUUUGUAUGCAAUUUUGUAAAUGACGACUGUAUUCACUUUACCUCUUCUGGGUAACUCGUGUUGAAUAGUAAUCAUUAAAGAUCUACUUCACUGCAUUGGAAAGCUGUCUCUGAGGGGACCAAUCAAAUAGUUGUUUAGAAAAGCUGUACUGGGAACUCCAGUGAUACAAUAGAAUAACUGUUCUUUGUGUAACUCUAGGAGGCAGGGUACUGAGCACAAGCCUAUGUCUUAAUCUAGCCCUGAGAGAUCAUUUGAUGCCAGUUAAACCACCACAGCCUCAUAUUUCCAAUCCCUCCUGAAGCUUCCUUUUCAUACUGGAUCAGUUAUGUGUAUAGAGGGCCCAACAUGUGUUUGUCUCUUUUCUGGGGGCUUCUCUGUUCAGUUGUUUGUCUCCCAAUGUCCUGAAGCUCCUGAAAAUUUUUUUUUUUUUGGCUGGAAUGAUUCGUGGUCCGUCUUCCCUUAAAGGUGGUGAUAGAACUUUUUAGAAUUAUAGAAUACAGAACAUUAAGGAUUUUUUUUCUCCAUCCUAACCAGGAUUUUACAAUAGGCUGUUUUCCUCUUAACAGUUGGUAGUUGUUAGCAGUUACUGGGAAAUCUUAUCAGGAAAUCCUUUAGUCUAAAAAUAGGACUUUUGACUAGCCCUCCCCUUAGGAGUUAAGAGGCAGCAGAUUUGUUAAAGUUCUUGGCCUCUGAACAGCUCAAUAGAUAAGCUCAGAAAGUGCUAAUAAAAGGGUAAUUUUAUAAGCCUAACAGGUCACAAGACCAUGUGCAGUAAUUUAAUUUGUGCGUUAAGUGUUGUCUCAAUGUAAUCUGGUGAUAGUACAUGAGUUUAAUAAAUGAGCAUAUUUGUCUGUUUUAAUAUGGCGAGCCCAUUGCAGCCUGAUUUAAGCAUUUAUAAUUGCAAACUGUCUCUAAAUAAUGUUCUUUUAUCACCUGUGCUAUUUGAUAUGUGGUAAUUGUAUUUGAAUGGUGAGCAUAAAUCUGCAAUAGGGAGUUUGCAUAGCUUGAAAAUUUAACCUAAAGUCUAAGCCACAGUGUUGAUGAGUGUGUACAGUAAACUUAUUCUGAGAAUCAGAAGUGCACAAAUUCUAAAUAGCUAGUCUUGAGUUAGGUUUUGUAAAGUUUUGGUAAAAGCAACCAGGUAGCUUUUACAUUUACCAAGUGCCAGCUUACAGAUGGACUCUUAACUUUCAAUUUCCUCUGGUUUCAGUUUCCUGAUCUUAACCUGUCUAGGAAGAUAGAUCUUGUAUGUCCUAGAUAAAAUAUCACUCUUCAAGGUUGAGUGUGUGUGGAGAAAAGCUUAUACAUUGCUCCUAUUUUCAUGCAGAAUAAACUUUACAUUGAACAUAGUUUAGACAAUUUAAAUACUGAAGAGUCUACCUGGGCAUCUGAGCCAUGGGAAUGGCAGAAGAGAGCUGCUUUAAAAGCAGUAUUAAGCAGAAAUUCUAGGACAAGUGACCACCAUCCAUAGUUAAGAAGUCUUUCCCCCAAAAUAUUGUUCAGUUACCUAUGUUUUGGGGGUGCAGUAACUGGGGGGUCAGGAUUUGAACACUUCCUCCUGUGCUGCAGAAAACACAUAUAAAAAGCGUUCUUAGUGUACCUUUAAAUGAUGUUGCCUAUGAGGAAGACAGAAUCAAGAAGAUGAAAUUCUUAAGCACUGAUUUCCUAGAAAUGUGUUACAAUGGCUGCAUUUUGUAGUUUGAAGACUGUUUAAUACUUGACUUCUUUAGAAGUCUGUUAAAAGCAUUUACCUUGAUAUCCAAAUUAGUCAUCCAGUUAAGUGUUUGUUAAGCUGAAAGUGACAUUUAUUCUGCAUGGGCAAAUGUUUAUGUGGAUUAUUGUCCUUAUGGUGGUAACCUUAGUCUUUCAAUAUGGUGAAAAAUGCUUGAUGUUUAACUCCUGGAGGUGGGGAAGAGAAAACAAAAUAGUUGCCUAACUGACCAUAACACCAAAGGUGUAUUGGCAUUAAAACUGAAGUCAGUAUGUCAUUGGCAUACUGGCAACCAUUUUAUUCGGCAUCUGUUUCCAUCUAGGAGUUGUGAUCUACCAUGAAUGUUCAUGGUGGUGAGAAGUUUGCUUUGUGUGUGCACACUAUUAAAUGCUCCAUAUCUUUUGUCACCAGAAAAUAUUAUAGAUUCACCACUUUUUGUGGUAUUAGACAAAUUCUUUUGUCCUUUUGUGAAGAAAAUUCAUGAUGUCAACAUCAAAUUCCAAACCCACGCCUAUCUUCUCACUCUAGUUUCUCCUACCCAAUCUCAGUUUUCUCUCAUGCCUGCUGUGCAGCGGCUGAUGGUGUGUGGUUACUUUGUCUUCCCCUCUCCCAUCUUCUUUCUAAUCUAGAAUGUAUUUUAACAUGGCUUUCGAAGCUUGUAUUUUAUUGUGGUGUUCAAGGAACUGAAGCCAGAGUCACACAUCUAUAUUUUCAGUCUGAUGCUGAGCAUCCUCAUUCAUAGUCUAAACUCCAUUUGACACCAGUUUUCUCGGCACUGCAACCUAAACCAAUGACACCUGUGAAAAAGCUAUAUCCAAAAUCUUAUUCUGUCUUUCAUUCAAAGGCACUUGUCUUUAUCAUCUCUCACAUUUCAGAAAUGGUUGAAAUACUUUUCUAUCAGGAAUGGUCCAGGGAUUUCUUUCCCUUGAAGGGUAUUGUGUUCCCAUUAUGGCUCAAUUUAAGCAUGGUUAAUUGUGAAUUACUAAUGUUUCAAAAGAAAGUUUUUGGUGAUGCUAUUUGGAUGUUAAUUUUAGUAUCCCUGUGCAAAGCAUAAGGCUGGCAUGAAAAUAACCUAGACCACAAGAGAUGAUGGUUGUCUACAGGGAGUUUUGUGUUAGUGUUUAGGGGUUUAUGUGUUUAAUGGGUCUCUAAAUCAGAUUCUGAAAAACAUAGUAAUAUAAAUCAGAUAGAUUGCACACUUAGUGCCAAUUUAUUUUGAGUUAAGAAAAAGUUUCAAAGUGAUUGGAGGGGAUGAUGAUCAGCAUGAUGUGAAUUUUGUAUUGAAUAUGAUCUUCCUACCUUUGUCCGGGAGGAGUGGUAUUGAUCCAAUUAUUUCUACUAAAAAAUGGUCCCAGUAAAAUUAUAUUAAGAAAAGUCCACAUUAUUUUUACUUAUCUCUUUUUAAAGUAAUUUGUAUGAUGAUGGCAGCAGGACCAUUCAGGGAUUUUUUUUUGUCUAAAAAACAAACAAACUUCUGCAAAUUAAAUACAAAUGAAGCUGAUGCAAUUUGCUGUCUGAAAACAAUGCAUUAUCACAUGUGUGUGGCUGAUGUGCCUUAAAAUCAGUAUUUACAAUUGGGCUAGUAAAACUAUUUAACAUAUCUUUCAAAUUAAUGGCCAUUGCUUAACACUCCUGUUAUUAAGGGCUCUAAAAGGCAUCCUUUUUUAUAUAGUUCUGUAAAAGGGUAGUAUCUGCUGUUUGUAUGGUUGAUGGCCCUCUAUUGAUUAUUGGAUUAAAAUAUGUAUAUAUAUAUUAUCCAUCUUUUAUUAAGUCAGUUGUAAUUAUCUUGUACCUGAACUCUAGCUGCUUAUGGAAAAUGUUCUUUUGUGAAAUGUGUGCCCUAGGGAUGUAAAAUUGUGGGUAAACAGCUAACUGGUUAAUCAACAUGUUUAACUAGUUUACUGUGACACAGGGCCACAGGUGGGAGCUGCUGUGGGUGGGGAGCUGCUCGGGUUCGGCCAGGACCACCACAUUGUGCCACAGGUGGGGGGCUUCUUGGGCUGGGUUGGAGUGACCCCACCUGCAGUGUGGAUGGCCCAGCCAGGCUAGAU